UAUCACAUCCUAACAACGUCAUUAUUGUGUGCUCCAUUGUCCACAGAACAUGCUGUUGAGGAGAGCCUCGUUCCUUUAAUAAACGGAGUUCAAAUGGACCGAAGUCUAAAGAGACGGCAGGUGAAGCCGCUAGCUGCCUCUCUCUUAGAUGCCUUGGACUAUGACAGUUCAGAUGACAGUGACUUUGAAGUGGAGAACGCAUCAGGGUCAGAUGGCACAGGCAACGGCAGUGAUGAAGAAGGGUCUAAGGCGAGUGCUGGGGGCUCAGAAAGUGACUCAGAAAAUGUUGUUUCUGGAAUUGAUGGUAUAGAUGAGGAUUCCAAAGACCUGGCUGUUGAUGACAAUUUAACGGAAGAUGAGGAGAAGCUCAAGCAGCCACUGUCCUCGGACAGCCACACCAAAGACAUCCCGUCUGCUACAUCCAAACGUAGAAGGAAAAGAAAGAAGACUUCAGAGACAGAGGGCACUGCUGCUGGUGAACCUGAAUCUACCUCUACAUCUGGCGGUGGCCUUGUCAAUGUGGAGGAGUCUCUGACUGAGCCGAAGAAAUGGAAUUUCCGUAGGAAUCGCCCCCUGCUGGACUUCACCACUAUGGAAGAAUUGAAUGAGAUGGACGACUAUGACAGUGAAGAUGAUAAUGACUGGAGGCCCACUGCAGAGAAGAAGAAAGGUAAAACAUCAACGCAGAAAGGGGGAACAGAGGAAGAGGAUGGAGCUAGCGUUAGUGAUGAUGAUGAUGAUGAUAACGAUGAUGAUGAUGACGAUGAUGAAGAUGAUGAGGGCAAGGACGAUGGUGACGACACUAACAACAGUAGCAGUGAUAGUGACAAAGAGUUGAAGAAGCCCAAGAAGAAGGUGAAGAGCAACAAUGCUUUUGAUGAUGAACUGACCAAUGACAGCAUGUCUCAAGGAAAGGGCAAUGAGGAUGCUUCACUUGACCGCUCCCAGACCUGGAACACUCAACACAUUCUUAUAUGUUGUGUUUGCUUGGGAGACAACAGCGAGGAUGCAGAUGAGAUCAUCCAGUGUGACAACUGUGGGGUCACUGUGCAUGAAGGGUGUUAUGGUGUGGACGGUGAAAGUGACUCAAUCAUGAGCUCGGCCUCUGAGAACUCCACAGAGCCUUGGUUCUGUGAUGCCUGCAAGAAUGGAGUGACUCCCAGCUGUGAGCUUUGUCCCAACCAGGAUGGCAUCUUCAAAGAGACAGAUGCUGGGAGGUGGGUGCAUGUGGUUUGUGCACUUUAUGUCCCUGGAGUUGCAUUUGGAGACAUCGAUAAACUGCGACCAGUGACGCUUACUGAGAUGAAUUAUUCAAAAUACGGAGCUAAGGAGUGCAGUUUCUGUGAGGAUGCCCGCUUUGCCAGGACUGGUGUGUGCAUCAGCUGUGAUGCGGGAAUGUGUCGAUCCUACUUCCAUGUUACCUGUGCACAGAGGGAGGGACUUCUGUCCGAGGCUGCAGCAGAAGAGGAUAUUGCUGAUCCAUUCUUUGCGUAUUGCAAACAGCAUGCUGAUCGCUUUGACAGGAAGUGGAAAAGGAAGAAUUAUUUGGCUUUACAGUCAUAUUGUAAGGUGUCUCUGCAGGAGAGAGAGAAACAGCUCACUCCUGAGGCUCAGGCCCGGAUCACCACCCGCCUGCAGCAGUACCGAGCCAAAGCAGAGUUGUCUCGAAACACUCGGCCUCAGGCGUGGGUGCCCCGAGAGAAACUGCCCCGACCUCUGACCUCCAGCGCCUCAGCUAUCAGGAAGUUGAUGAGAAAGGCAGAGCUAAUGGGCAUCAGCACUGACAUUUUCCCUGUGGACACAUCCGAUGCCAGCGCCAGCAUGGACGGACGCAGGAAGCAUAAGCAGCCCGCCCUCACAGCAGACUUCGUCAACUACUACCUGGAGCGGAACAUGCGAAUGAUCCAGAUCCAGGACAACAUCUCUGAGCAGAAGAACUUGAAAGACAAGCUGGAAAGUGAGCAAGAAAAACUGCAUGUGGAGUACAGCAAGCUCUGCGAGUUCCUGGAGGAGCUGCUGAAUGUGAACGGAACCCUGCGGAGUGAAGGACAGGCUUUGUGGGCUCUGCUGGGCGGCAUCGUGGGCCAGAAACUGAGCACUCCAGCAAUUCUGAAAGCUCCAAAGGAGAGGAAACCCAGCAAGAAGGAAGGAGGAACACCAGGGAAGUCCUCAAGCCUUCCAGCUAUUCUUUACAGCUGUGGGAUCUGUAAGAAAAAUCAGGACCAACAUCUGCUGGUGCUGUGUGAUACGUGCAAACUCUACUAUCACUUGGGGUGUCUGGAGCCUCCACUGACACGAAUGCCCAAGAAGACAAAGAAUAGCUAUUGGCAAUGUUCUGAGUGUGACCAGGCCAGCAGCGAUGAAGCUGACAUCGCCAUGGAGACAUUGCCUGAUGGCACCAAGAGGUCUAGAAGGCAGAUCAAAGGACCAAUCAAGUUCAUCCCUCAGGAGAUGUCCCCAGAGCCCAAGAAACAGCAAUUGAGAGGCACGAGAACUAGGGGGCAGAAGAGAAAGAGAGUUCCUAUCGCUGAAGAAAGAGAAGAGAAAGUUGAGGAACCACUGCCACGGGAACGCAGACAACGCCAGUCUGCAGUGCAGAAGAAACCCAAAGCUGAUGACACAAGAACCGAGUGUACAACUUGCAAAGGACCAGGCGACAAUGAAAACCUAGUGAGGUUGUGAAAGCCGGGGCAGCCACCUCACCUCCCAUAAAAUGUCGGGACUGAUGACCCUUGGUAUAGAGACAGAGAGACAAAUUGAGGCUCGAAUCAGAAUGAGGACAGACACCUUCACAUCUCUUCACAACCACGUCUGAACCAAACUGGACCAGCAGCUGUCCAACGAAAAUUUGACCUGAACUGUUUGAAUCUAAAACAAUGAACCUAAAAUGCUGACAUUUCUUUUCAUUCUUAGUAGGUGUGGGCCUACAAUGGCUUGUACAUACUGACAGUAUCGGAGUGGAUUAUUAUGUGCAUCAGUAGUUAGAUUCUUCAGUACAAUAUUUGUUCAUGUAAGGAAAGGAGUUUUUAUUGAUAUAGUUAAUUCUCUUUACAAGCGAAAGGCUGAAAAAUGUCAGUUAUUGUUUAGAAGUUAUUGUAUUACUAUAGUGCUCCAUUUACCCACUGAGUCUAUUAAUUUAUUUCUAGCUGCACCCCAGAGGAUUUUGGUUGUUCUUUCACCUUCAGAAUGCCAACAGCAGAGAUUUUUCAUGAGAUCUUUAGGAUUACAAUCCAAUCGCUUUGGUCUACAGUGAGGAAGCACAAACUUAGUUCAGCAUAUUCUCCAGUUGCUGAACCUUUCUUUAGCAGCUGGUUGUUGCGUUCUUCGUCCCAACUCUAUCCUCUCUGUGCCUCACCCUCAGCCAAUAACUUGUCAUCUCUAAGAUCAACAUGAGAUUGUUCUGCCUUUUUUGACUGGCUGACCUUCUAAUCAGUUCUCAUCACUACCAAUAAUUGAACUCAGAUGCCGGUCACCCUUAGCAACUCAGCAUGAAUAAUUGGACCACUUCAUCUUAGGCCUUCUUGUGUUACAAUGUUUUUUUAAGUAUGUUGAGGACCAGAAGUACCAAGAAAAGGAAUCUGUCUCUGGUCCAUUUAGUAAAGCACUGAAAUAAUUCUACUGAAGCAUCUCUUAUAGAAGCAGACUAGUUGUAGUUAGCAGUAGUAGCACUAAAAUCUGAAUGUGUUUGGAGGGAAUUAACAUGAAGCAGUCUUCCAGUGUCUCAAUAUGUUGAAGUGACAGUUAAACUGACACAUCCUUAGAAAUGUGUCCUGCUUUGUCUCCAUGUCUCUGCUGGGCCACAGUGCUGCUCGCUGCCCUGUCAGAACUCAUGACAAGUGUCACAUCUUGGCCUCACAUGUCACUCUGUUGGCCGUUCUGGCCCCAUAUUUGCAUGCUUUAGGGAGUAGUUAGACCAGUCCAGUUUGCUGAGGUUUUUUCCCUCUGCAGAGUCAAUCCAGCAACAGCAGCACAUUGGAGAUAAUAGCGGAGUGUCAUCCUGGCUUGUUACCAGUCAUUUAUGUUUCAGUUCUAAAGUGCAUGGCAGUGUAUUUGCAUAGAUUAGGUAAAUAUUAUACAACUUGUAACUAAGUGAUGUGGUCUCACAGAAAUCUAAAUGCUAGGUAGUGUGAUGAUGUGUACAGUAUUUAUUGAAGAGGCCGACCUGUGUGUCUGUUCUGUGCCUGUGCAGCUUAUUGUAUGUGGAUCUUAUCUUGUUUCGUAAAGUCUGGUUUUUGACGUAUCCGGGAGACAGCUAUAUUUUCCUUGCCAAACAUUUGUUUACAACUUUGCUUUGAGGGAACAUUUCUGAUUUGUGUUGUACUGUAAUAUGAAGUCAGAAUGUGAAUGUUGCUUCUGUUGUCUAUAUGAAGUAUUUCAGCUUCUGGCUCUUAGCUCUUGGAAAUUAAGUAGAGCUUUAAUAAACUCUCGUUUUUUUUUCCACCUUAUUUCUGCAGUGAUAAAUGAGUGUCAGACAGCUAAUUAAUUGUUCUAAAGGUGCGGCAUCGGCGGUCCGUUUGUGCGUGUAAUGCCCCCUGUCAGCAGUGAUUUAUCACCUGGGAAGUGGCCCUCUUGUUUUCAUGGGGGCAGCUCAAAAGAAAUGUUACUUCGCAACCUACGCAGAGUAAAGUCUCAAAUGCAUCUGCAAACACAUGAACUUCUGCUUCAAAUAAACAACAGAACCUCAGAUGCUGAUGAUGAUUACCUCGAUUUUUGCUUUUGUCCAUUUUCAUCUCCUUAUUUAACCAUGAUGUCCCGUUGAGAUCAGAGAUUUUUUACUAGACAGACCUAGCCAUGACACCAGCCACACACACCUAAACUAUAUCAAACAAUAAAUAAAGGUUACAUUACUGGCGGUUGUCAGCUGCUCUGCA